CCGUAAAAAAAAAUUUGUUUUUGUUUUUUAUGUCUAAUUUUUUAGAAAAAAAAUGACUAAUAAUUUAGAAAACAUAACAGGUCAGAUUGAUAACGAAAUUUCCUCAAAAUUUCUUAAUGAAAUCGAUAAAACAAAAUUACAAUUAAUAAAAGGAUGGUUCAUAGAGCGAAGCUCUCAGUUACAACCAUGGAAAUCUUUUUGUAAUAUAAACAAAUUUUCAAAACCAAAAAAUGCAGGAGAAGUAUCUAAACGAUUGUUCACAAAUAUAAAGAUUUACCAGGGAAACUACAUUGCAGUGUCUGCAAUGCUUAUUAUUUAUUGCAUUUUAACAUCUCCUCUGUUGCUUUUUGGUUUGGUGAUGUCGUUUGGAGGCUGCUACUAUAUCUCAACACGGGGUCAAGGAAAGUCAAUUAAGUUGCUUGGUCGUGAUUUAACAAUUGCUGAACAGUAUGGAUUGGUAUUUUUGAUUUCUCUUCCACUCUUUUUUUUGGCAUCAGCUGGAUCGACUGUGUUUUGGAUAAUAGGUGCAUCAGCUUUCAUUAUUAUUCUUCAUGCAUCAAUGCUUGAGUUGAAAUCAGUUGAUAAUGAUCUUGAAUUACAAGAAGUUAAUAUUUUAUAAGACAAAUGGAACAGUUUGUAACAUUAGAAUUUGACAACAGUCAUCUUUUGUUAUGCUUUGUUUGUUUAUGCACAUAUUACCAAUAAUUGUUACAAUUUUUUGUAAAUUUUUUGGUGGAUUUUUUAAUUAUUUAAAAUAUUUAAAAGGUUUGUUAA